GCCCGAUGUCCUCAAGAUGGAGGCAGCGGGGGCGGCGGCGUGAAGAAAGCCGUGCUGUGGGCGCGGGGGCCCCGGCGGCCCGGGCGGCGGCCGUGGCGGGAUGGGGUUGCUGCUCAUGAUCCUGGCGUCGGCCGUGCUGGGUUCCUUCCUCACGCUGCUCGCCCAGUUCCUGCUGCUGUACCGCAGGCAGCCCGAGCCGCCGGCGGACGAGGCAGCGCGCGCGGGCGACGGCUUCCGGUACACGAAGCCGGUGCCCGGCCUGCCCCUCAGGGAGUACCUGUAUGGCGGCGGCGGGGCUGAGGAGCCCGCCGGGGGCUCGGCGGAGGGCGCCGCCACCCCGACCUCGGCCCCCGAGCCCCCCGCCCCGCCCACGCGGGAGACCUGCUACUUCCUCAACGCCAUCGUCCUGUUCCUGUUCCGGGAGCUGCGGGACACCGCGCUGACCCGCCGCUGGGUCACCAAGAAGAUCAAGGUGGAGUUCGAGGAGCUGCUGCAGACCAAGACGGCCGGGCGCCUGCUGGAGGGGCUGAGCCUGCGGGACGUGUUCCUGGGCGACACGGUGCCCUUCAUCAAGACCAUCCGCCUCGUGCGGCCCGUCGUGCCCUCGGCCGGCGGGGAGCCCGACGGCCCCGAGGGCGAGACCCUGCCCGCCGCCUGCCCGGAGGAGCUGGCCUUCGAGGCGGAGGUGGAGUACAACGGGGGCUUCCACCUGGCCAUCGACGUGGACCUGGUCUUCGGCAAGUCCGCCUACCUCUUCGUCAAGCUGUCCCGGGUGGCGGGCAGGCUGCGCUUCGUCCUCACCCGCGUGCCCUUCACCCACUGGUUCUUCUCCUUCGUGGAGGACCCGCUCAUCGACUUCGAGGUGCGCUCCCAGUUCGAAGGGCGGCCCAUGCCGCAGCUCACCUCCAUCAUCGUCAACCAGCUCAAGAAAGUCAUCAAGCGCAAGCACACGCUGCCCAGUUACAAGAUCAGGUUUAAGCCAUUUUUUCCAUACCAAACAUUGCAAGGAUUUGAAGAAGACGAAGAACAUAUCCAUAUACAACAUUGGGCACUUACUGAAGGUCGUCUUAAAGUAACAUUGUUGGAAUGCAGCAGGUUACUCAUUUUUGGAUCCUAUGACAGAGAGGCAAAUAUUCAUUGUACAUUUGAGUUGAGCAGUGGUGUUUGGGAAGAAAAACAAAGGAGUUCUAUUAAGACGAUCCACCUAGUUUCUGAAGCUGGAUACUGUAUUCAUAGCAGACUGGUUGAAUUAAUAAAAGGAAAUUUACAAAGUGUUGGACUUACACUUCGUCUUGUUCAGUCAACUGACGGGUAUGCUGGGCAUGUCAUCAUUGAAACUGUGGCCCCAAACUCACCUGCUGCAAUUGCAGAUCUUCAGCGGGGAGAUCGACUCAUUGCUAUUGGAGGUGUGAAAAUUACCUCGACACUACAAGUGUUGAAGCUUAUCAAACAGGCUGGUGACCGAGUUCUGGUGUACUAUGAAAGGCCCGUCGGCCAGAGUAAUCAAGGUGUGGUGCUACAAGAUAAUUUUGGCCAGUUGGAAGAAAACUUUUUGUCAAGUUCAUGCCAACCAAGUUAUGAAGAGGAAGCUGCGGGGUUGGCAGUAGAUACUGAAAACCGAGACCUGGAUUCUGAAUAUGAAGACUUGGCAAGUGAUGUCAGAGUACAAAAUGAGUUCAAAGAUGAGGCACAAUCAUUAAGUCAUAGUCCCAAACGAACUCCAACAACACUUUCUAUUAAACCCCUUGGCGCUAUAUCACCAGUUUUAAACCGUAAAUUAGUUGCAGGAAGUCACCCACCACCACCAAAAAUUCCACCCAAAGAAGGAACUAAAUCAUCGGCCCUAAAAACUUCUGAGGUAACAGACACAGUACAAGUGUCAAAACCCACCCAAGGAUCCACUUUCAAACCACCUGUGCCACCACGACCACAAAUGAAAGUUCCUUUGCCUUCUGUUGAUACCCCAAAUCAGGCAGAACCAGAUGUUCUUGGUGAAAAGCCAGAGAAGGUGCUGCUUCCUACUCCAGUAGACAAGUCUGCUGAAAAGCAGGUGAAAAACAUAGAUCAUGUAGAAGAUUUGAGCACAUCUAAGCAGUUUUUAGCAAAGCAAGAAGUGGCUAAAGAUUUUACUUCAGAAAGCUCCUGCCCUACCAAGGACAAUACAGAUGACCGUCAAACAUGGGAAUCAUCAGAAAUCCUUUAUCGUAAUAAGCUAGGAAAAUGGACAAGAACCAGAGCAUCCUGUUUGUUUGACAUAGAAGCCUGCCACAGAUACCUAAACAUUGCACUGUGGUGCAGGGAUCCUUUCAAGUUAGGGGGUCUCAUCUGUUUGGGGCAUGUUAGUUUAAAACUUGAAGAUGUGGCUCUGGGAUGCCUAGCUACAUCAAACAUGGAAUACCUUUCCAAAUUCAGGCUGGAAGCUCCUGCACCUAAGGCCAUGGUCACUAGAACUGCACUACGCAAUCUGAGUAUGCUAAAGGGCUUCAAUGACAAAUUUUGCUAUGGUGACAUUACUGUUCACUUCAAGUAUUUGAGGGAAGGUGAACCAGACCACCAUAUAGUUGCUAAUGUAGAGAAAGAAAAAGAACCCCACUUAGUUGAAGAAGUUUCUAUCCUCCCUAAAGAGGAGCACUUUAUUGGACAGAUGAGCUCCCCAGAAAAUAAGCAUAGUUUCCAGGACACUCAGUUCCAAAACCCAACGUGGUGUGAUUACUGUAAGAAAAAAGUAUGGACAAAAGCUGCCUCCCAGUGUAUGUUGUGUGCUUAUGUUUGCCAUAAAAAAUGUCAGGAAAAAUGUCUAGCUGAGACUCCUCUUUGUGGAGCAACUGAGAGGCGGAUAGACCGGACUCUAAAAAACCUUAGGCUAGAAGGCCAGGAACCCCUCUUAGGCUUGCCUCCUCGUGUUGAUGCUGAAACUAACAAGUCGGUCAAUAAAACAACAGGUUUGACAAGGCACAUUAUCAAUACUAGCUCUCGUUUGCUAAAUUUGCGUCCAGUCUCUAAAACUCGCUUUUCUGAACCUGGGACUGAUCUUGUAGAGCCGUCACCAAAACACACACCCAACACAUCAGACAACGAAGGCAGCGACACAGAAGUCUGUGGUCCAAACAGUCCUUCCAAACGGGGAAGUAGCGCAGGAAUAAAGUUAGUGAAGAAGGAAGGUGGGCUGGAUGACAGUGUUUUUAUUGCAGUUAAAGAAAUUGGCCGUGAUCUGUACAGGGGCUUGCCUACAGAGGAAAGGAUCCAGAAGCUAGAGUUUAUGUUGGAUAAACUGCAGAAUGAAAUUGAUCAGGAGUUGGAACACAACAAUUCCCUUGUUAGAGAAGAAAAAGAGACAGCUGAUACAAGAAAAAAAUCUCUCUUGUCUGCUGCUUUGGCUAAGUCAGGUGAAAGACUACAAGCUUUGACACUUCUAAUGAUUCACUACAGAGCAGGCAUUGAAGACAUUGAAACUUUAGAAAGUCUGUCUUUAGACCAGCACUCCAAAAAAAUAAGCAAAUACACAGACGAUGCAGAAGAAGACCUUGAUAGUGAAAUCAGCCAACUGAUAGACUCUCAGCCAUUCAGCAGCAUGUCAGAUGACUUAUUUGGCCCGUCCGAGUCUGUGUAAUGGACAUACUGUUUCAACUGAAAUGAUUGGGAGAAAGAUGCAUCUAAAUUAUCAUGGAUAGAACUACAUUUCAGUCCUCCUGUAAUGCACUUUGGCCUGCUUCUCCACAGUUACUUGCUUAAGAAAGAACGGAAAAGGUUUUCCAGCAAAAACAUGACCAACUCACUCAAUCAAUUGUUUCAGAUUGCAUUUAUAGCUAUGCUUUUUUGGAUUUAUACUGGGAAUUUAUUUUUACUAAUUUAUUUUUAACUUUUUCUAAUUAUGUAAUUAUGUAAGCUAACUUUUCAUGUUUAUGUACAUGUGAUGUCUCAGUGUUAUUUUUCCUUCCUGUUCUUUUUGAAUUAAUGUUAAAUAGGAUAUAGUCCAGAUUCUUGAAAUACUUUUAUUUCCAUCACGGUUGUGACAACAAAUUUGCUGCAUGCCCAAAUUGACAGAAUCAAUCAUUGGGGGAAUAAGUUGUGAAUCUUUUGUUACAUUUUGAGAUUUGGGGGAUUGCUUUUUGUUUUUGCCAAAUGUAAAAUGAAACCAGAAGCUGCAGCUUUAGUCUGUUAUGCUGAUAUAGUAAAAAAAACAUUUUUUACAUAUGUUGCUUGCUUUCUACGCUUCUGUGAAAUUCUUUUCUAAAGCUUUUGUGAACCUAAAGUAUAUUACAAAUACAGUGAUUAAUUUGAUGAGCUUGCAUUGAAAAACAAAAUGUAAUAGGGAAUAUUAAAUACAUUUGGUCAGGAAUCUUAUAGAAGGUAACAACAUUUAAUUACUGCAAAACAGUAGGCAGUAGGAUUUUUCAAAUAUCUUUCACAAUAUCAAUGCUUUCCUUUUAAGUGGAAGUUCUAAUAAGCAUUCGUGAUGAUUUUUUCAUCUUCAGUUUUCCCAUAGGAAAUAAAGCAUGUACAAGGAUAUUUAAAGUUUCAGAGGAUUGUUCUUAAAAUGAUGCUAUUGAUAACUAGUUUUGUUUUAAAAAGCAUUUUCAUGUAGGAAUACGUUAUGAAGGAGAGGCAUCAUGCAAAAUAUAUUUAUUGCUUCAUCUGGGGUCUUACAGGCUUAAAGGAAUGGUGAUCAUUCUGAAUGCUUCCAUAGUUCAGAAUGUCUUCAUUCAUUAAAAGAAAUAACAGUAUAAUAGGACUUGAGACCAUUUCUCUGAAAAUGAAGAUCUAUUCCAAUAUUGGAUCCAUCUUGUGAUGCCAAUAACACAUGACUGAGGGAAAAUAUGUAAGCUUGACCUGUUUGUUAUACCUUAAAAGUUUGGGCCUGUUAUUUGCCCACAAAAUAGAUAUGUAUAUGUUUUUCUCUUUUGUAGGAAAUGGCUCUGAUAAGUUCAUACUUACAUAAAUCGGCAUGAAUUUAAAACCAGAUUGCACAGCUUUUAUGGCUGGCAGGAAAAGGCAUAGUAUAACAGUAAUGCUGUGGCCCAGUCUGUAGUCCGAGACUCCAUUCAGGAGCUCUUCCAUUAGUGAACUGUAUGACCACAGGCAAGUCACAAAAGAGCUCAAUGCAGCAGUUUCCCCAUCUCUAAAGUGAGGGUAGUACUACUUCCUCUCACUACCUCACAGGAUUGUUAUGAGGAAAAUAGCAUAACUGCACAAGGGCUUUGAACAUAAAAGCUAUACAAAUAAAAGGUGUUAUUUCAAUGAGAAAAACAUCUUUGAGGGCAGAAGUUAAUCCAGUUUUAACACCAGUAGCCAACUUUCAUUCCCAUUUUAUUAAGUGAAAUAUUAGGACAAUAAAUACCUUCUAGAGAGAUGGAGUUGAUAACAAAAAUAUAUCUGGGUACGCCCCUGCUCAUUGUUUAUUUAAGCAUGCUCAUAUUUGAACAGAACACUGGUAUUGAAGGCUUUCUACACCAAACUCCCUGAAAACUAAAAUGUUCUACAGCGUAUACUUGAAACAACCUGCCCGGUGUAUAACCAUGUUUCAUCUUGUAAAAAGUACCUUGCCAUUGUUAUCCUGGGAGGUAGUCUGUAAUUGGCGGGUGUGCAUGGAUUAAACCAUGAUACCCAAGCAUGCUCCUGAAAGUGAGGCAUUUGAAAGAGCUGUAGAAAUAAUGCAAAACUUUGUUUUCAUAAGAAUCUACUCAUAUUUUAAAGUAUUUAACUCUAGAACCACAGUUAUGGAAAGCUCAGUAAUGCUGCUAAUGAUUUUUGUAAAAUAAUACCUUAAUAUGUAGCACAGUAUUUUUCUAUCUGCUGGCUGAAGCAGUAGAGGCAUCAUGGUUGUACUUUAGUGUAAGGAGGCUGCACUCCAAACAGCCCAGAGUGUAGUGAAGUAUAGGCUUCAAUGGGAAAAAUUGUUAUGUAUUACAUUACUGAUGUAAUCUUGCUGCCAUGCUAUGUUAUCAAUAGCUUAAAAAUAAUAAAGACUGCUACACAAAACAAUUAUCUUCAUUUGAUGACAUCUAAAAAAAAGAUGAUUGCUGCAUCUCCAUGGAAUUAUUGUCUGGUGUAACUUGAUCGUGAACACAAGCUAACAAAGUUUACUUUUGCUAACAAAAUGGCAAAAGUUAAUUUUUUACAGUUCAUUUGUAAAAUAUAUUUAUGUAUUUGCUUUUGCUGUAUAAUAGUAAUUAGACUAUUUAAGAUGUACUUUCUCUACUGAUUUUUUACAUAAAUGACUAGAGAAAAUGAGCAACAUUUUAAGCAUUAUUUUCAAGUCACAAUUAUUAUGCUCUGUUUAUUAAAGUCGUGCGUCAUAUUCUUAAAUUCAUAACUAAUUGAAAUGUUACAGAUAUUCUGUGAUUCAAAUAAGAAAGAACACACCCUAAGGAAUAUAAUGGCAUGUUCUAAACUUAUACAUGAAUUUUUUUAAAGGCAGUUGGGAAAUAUAUCGCUCUAAUAGUAAGCUAAAGAAUAAAGUUCUAGUUCCCUAAAAGUAAAUUUUAAAUCUCUUUAAUUUAAAAAUAUAUUGUCCUAAUUUCUAAAUUGAGAUAAUAGUUUUGCUUACCAAAUAGAAGAGUGGAGAGUCCCCUCAUCCUUUCUGAGUUCCACAUGCCUUUAAAAUAUCUAAUUAAAAUUGUGUGCAUGUAUACCCUUAGCCCUGGAAGCUGUACACACACACACCACCCCAAGUGCCCCUACUUUUAAAGGUUUUACAGAACUUCUAGGUCCUGUUGGACAUUUUCAGUAUCUUCCUCAGAUGCAGUUUUUGGUUCAUAACGAUCAGAAUAGUAAGAGAUUCAAGGAUAACUUUUUCCACAGUGACAUGUUAGAAGGGGGGUGAUACAUACAAUGAGUAUUUCAAUUAAAAUUCCAUUACAGUAAAACAUAUUGUCAUUAAGCCCCCUCAAAAUCCUCCCCCUAACUCGGAACACACCUAUCAUUGCCACCUUCUAAAGUAGUUCUGGAAGUACUCUUUUGUGUCUUUAUGAAGUGUGGUGUAAAAAAAAUUUAGGGAAUGUUGCUGCUGAGCAUCAUCUAGAAGAAAGGCAGGCUUGUAAAUGCACUUACGAUGUGUCCUCAUCCACUGGGUGGCUUCUGGCUCAUCCCCAAAGUCAAAAUGACCAUGACAAGUCAAUGUUUUGAACUGAUUCAGGACAGUGCAGCAUCCACAACAGCACAAUUAAAUAGACUCAUGGAAAAGGACUUCCAGAACUGUUUCAGAAAGUGACAAGAAUGAUGGGAUGUGUUCAGAGCCAGGGAGGAUGUUCUGAAGGGAAAUAGUGGCCAUGUGUCUUUUACUGUAAUAGUUUUUUUUUUAUUUAAACACACUAUAUAUUUCUGUCAUACCUCAUAUAUAUUUGUUUUAGUCUAAAUGUAGAAAACCAAAAAGUAUGAUUCAUACUAUCCUGCAGUGACUUUUACCUGAUGCCUACCAGCACAGAAUAGUUUUUAAUGUUUUAAAAAUAUCCAGGCAAAAUGAUACCAUAUACAUUUCAUUCCAACAACAGUUGGUUUAUGAAAGAAUACAGAUAGGCACAGUACAGUGUUCAUAAGGUUUAUUAAGUAAACUAUCUAAAACAUGACUAGAACAGAGAUACACUUAGCAUUCAAAAGAAAGGUGAUACCCACUGCUACCUUAUUGAAGUUUUUGUGUUUUGUUACCAGGUGAAAACAAAACCACCUCUGUUCAAAAAGUAAAUGUUCAGAGAGCUGUAUGUUUUUUGUUUUGAUACAUAAUUUUUAAAUUUUCAGUCUUGCUAACCCAGAAUGUUAGCAUAUGAAAGACCUUACCAUUUUUCCCCCUUAAGUAAAACAUAACUUUUGCUCCCCAAACAGUUCUGAAAAAUUCAUCUAUCAAAAAUCCUAGGGAUCAAUCAGCAGGCAUGCCUUUGCCCAUCAUUCUUACAGAAGCUGAAGGCUUAAAGGCAAAAAUAGAAAGAAAUAAAUUAUAUAGUAUUAGGGGCAGGCAGAACCACAAACCGUCUCCAAUUUGUAGCACAUUCUUUAAAACCUUCUUGUAGACAAAUAAAAACAAUCCUGCCUUUUUUAUUUUAGCGAUGUAAGAGUUCUGCUAGGGCCCUCUUUCAUAAUUGUAGUUGUCCAAGGAAGGAGCUUGUUUGCUUCAAACACUACUCGGAAAUCACAGUAAAACUUCAUAAAACAAAACAAGUCACUUCACAAAGUAAAAUUAAUCACUUCGCAUAAUAGUCAAUAAGACUAAGACUGAGGAGUCUUCGUUCUAAAGUUCUUAGCUCCUUGAUGUCCAAGUUAAUACAAACACAAUUUUAGCUUAACAAAAUCGACACCAGGUAAUUUUUGUUUGACUAUGGAACUGCAGAAUUAAAUAUUUAAUAAGACAUACUCCACACUAUCUUCACAUUCCAAUCAUAUCUCACACAAAACAACGUAAACUGACAGUGUUCACUAACAGUAUUUGCUGGUACACUGAAGACAUCAAUGUUGUCAUGCCUGAAAAAACUACACUACCCAGCACACAAGAUGAAAUAAUAACAUGUUUAGAUGUUUGGUUUUUCUCUUCUGCCUGGAAAAAGGGAUGUGUCCUGAUCACCUGUUGUUUUUAUCUGUUUUGCUAGUAUGAUUAAAGACCAUUUCAUUCCUUCA